AUGAAGCUUCUCAGCCGUGUUGGCGCGACUGCCCUCGCGGCGUCGCUUUACCUGCAGCAUGGCAUCGCGCAAAUGGCUGAUGGUACCUACACUGAUCAAACGUCCGGCAUCAAAUUCAAGACGUGGACUCAAGGCACCGAGGCUACCGAAGCCUCUCCAUUCACCUUCGGUCUGGCUCUCCCAGGUGAUGCUUUGACCAAAAACGCCAACGAGUACCUUGGUAUCCUCGUACGCUGCAAAAUCGAAGAUGCCGCUGCUCCCGGCUGGUGCGGUCUUUCCCACGGCCAGGCCGGUCAGAUGACCAACGCCCUGCUCCUCGUUGCCUGGGCCUCUGAGGGAACUGUCUACACUUCUUUCCGCUGGGCCACCGGCUACACCUUACCUGGCCUCUACACCGGCGAUGCAAAGCUGACCCAAGUUUCUUCGAACGUCACCGACACCCACUUCGAGCUGAUCUACCGUUGCCAGAACUGCUUCUCCUGGAACCAAGACGGCACCAGCGGCAGCGUCGAGACAACACAGGGAUUCCUCGUUUUGGGUCACGCGGCUGGCAGCUCUGGUCUGGAGAACCCAACCUGCCCUGACCGCGCCACGUUUGGCUUCCACGAUGCUGGCUUUGGUCAGUGGGGUGCUCCCUUGGAGGGUGCCACUUCCGAGUCGUACGCCGAGUGGGCUCAGCUUGCUACGACUACUCCUGAGACUGACUGUGAGGGUACUGGUCCUGGUGAUGCUGAGUGCACUCCUGCUCCCGAAAAGGUCUAUGACUACAUCGUUGUUGGUGGCGGUGCCGGCGGUAUCCCCGUUGCCGACAAGCUCAGCGCCGCCGGCCACAGCGUCUUGCUCAUCGAAAAGGGACCUCCUUCCUCCGGUCGCUGGGGUGGCACCAUGAAGCCCAAGUGGCUCGAGGGAACCAAUCUCACUCGCUUCGAUGUCCCCGGCCUCUGCAAUCAGAUCUGGGUCGACAGCGCCGGCAUUGCCUGUACUGAUACUGACCAGAUGGCUGGUUGUGUUCUGGGCGGCGGUACUGCUGUCAACGCUGGUCUCUGGUGGAAGCCCCCCGCGUCUGACUGGGACUACAACUUCCCCGCUGGCUGGAAGUCCAAAGAUGUUGAAGCUGCCGCCAACCGUGUCUUCGACCGGAUUCCUGGUACCUUCAAGCCAUCUGCUGAUGGUGUCCUCUAUCGCCGUGAAGGCUUCGAUGUUCUUUCCAGUGGCCUGAGGAAGUCGGGCUACAAGGAGGUUGUUGCCAAUCAGUCGCCCAACGAGAAGAACGGCGCGUUUGCGCACACCCACUUCAUGUUCCGAUACGGUGAGAGAGAUGGCCCGCUUGCCACAUACCUUGUUUCAGCCAACAACCGUGACAACUUUGACCUCUGGACUGGCAGUGCUGUGCGCAGGGCUAUCAGAACAGGUGGCAAGGUUACCGGUGUUGAACUCGAAUGCUUGAGGGACGGUGGCUACAGCGGUGAAGUCAAGAUUAGCGCCAAGGGUGGUGUCAUCUUCUCUGCUGGUACUUUUGGCUCUGCCAAGCUUCUCAUGCGCAGCGGUAUCGGUCCCCGUGACCAGCUCGAGAUCGUUGCCGGCUCCAAGGACGGCGAGACCUUCAUCUCUCGGGAUCAGUGGAUCGACCUCCCGGUCGGCUCCAACCUGAUUGACCAUCUCAACACCGAUCUUAUCUUGACUCACCCCGACGUCGUCUUCUAUGACUUUUACGAGGCCUGGACUGCCCCCAAUGAGGGUGACAAGGAGCGUUAUCUCAACAACCGCACUGGUAUCUUGACCCAGGCUGCCCCCAACAUCGGACCCAUGGUCUGGGAAGAGGUUACUCCUUCUGACGGCAUCCCCCGUCAAUUCCAAUGGACAGCCCGUGUUGAGGGAGAUGGUCGCAUCACUGACUCCCCACAUGCCAUGACUCUCAGCCAGUACCUCGGAAGAGGUGUCGUUUCCAGAGGCCGGAUGACCAUCACCCCUGGUCUCGCCACCGCUGUUUCCGAGCACCCCUAUCUCCACAACGCUGGUGACAAGGAGGCCGUUAUUGCUGGUAUCAAGAAGCUUCAAGCCGCCCUCAACGUGAUCCCCAACAUCACUUGGGUCCUUCCCCCUCCCACCGGAACUGUUGAGGACUAUGUCAAUGGCCUCCCUGUCUCCCCAUCCGCCCGCCGCUCCAACCACUGGAUGGGUACUGCCAAGCUUGGCACUGAUGAUGGUCGUGAGGGUGGUACUGCCGUAGUUGACUUGGACACCAAGGUCUAUGGCACUGACAACCUCUUUGUGGUUGACGCCUCCAUCUUCCCUGGUAUGUCGACGGGUAACCCGUCUGGCAUGAUUGUCAUCGCGGCUGAGAAGGCUGCUGAGAGGAUCUUGGCGCUCAAGGCUUAA